GCCUGACACAAUUGCAGUCACACCUCUAUCUGUCUCCUCCAUCUGAAAUCUGAGUUUUCAGAUUUUGGGUUUAACAGUUUCGAUUUUGUUCUUCAAUAUGGCUAAAGCCUUUCAUUUGCUGGGACUCUUUGCUCUAAUGCUAUUGUUGCAGAAAGGAAAUGCAAUUCAGUUCACAGUUGGAGGAGCUAAGGGUUGGGCUGUAUACGACAAUUCAAGUGCAUACGACUACAAUCAAUGGGCAGAAAGAACAAGAUUUCAGAUUGGAGAUAGCCUAUUGUUUGUCUACAAGCCAGACCAAGACUCAGUGCUUCAAGUAACCAAAGAUCAUUACAACAAUUGCACAACAACCUCACCUCUUGCAAGCUUCAAUGAUGGUCACACUGUCUUCACAUUCAACCGGUCCGGCGCUUUCUACUUCAUUAGCGGAAACAAAGAUCAUUGUCUUAAAAAUGAGAAAUUGGUAGUUGUUGUUUUAGCAGAUAGAGGGAUUAAUCAUUCUUCUAACACUAACGAAACAACCACAGCUUCACCUCCACCUUCAGGUUAUACGGGGAUAGUUCCAUCUCCUGAACCGGCUGGAGAACAGUCUCCUCCGACAGGAACAGUUGAUAUUGUCCCUACUCCAUCUCCGACCAGUGAGCAUCAUGGUGCAGCUUCUUCCGUAUUUAUAAGUUCCACUGCUUUGAUUGGAGCAUUCUUUGCUUCAUCUCUUAUAGUAGUAUUUUGAGUGGAAAACUUGCAUUAUCUGAUGGAUUUUCCAUUUCUUUUUGUUUUUUUCUUUUAUUAUUUUUUUUUUCGGGGUUUGGAUUUGAGUAUUAUUCCAGAGGUGGAUUGAUUGAUAUUGAAUAUUUGUUUGUUACACAAGAAAAUAAGCUGACGAUUAUAUGUAUCGCUGGUGUGUAUUAUUACUUCAUGUAAAAUCAUUGUAUAGAAGGAAAUAAAUAAAAUUUUAUACCAUUUGGUUGCAA